UGUGGGCUGACUUCGGUCUCUGCUACCGCCACCGCCGCCUCCUCUUCUUCAUCGUCAUCUUCGUCUUCCUCUUCUGCCACCGCGACCACUGCCUCGGCCGCUGAGACCCCCGCCCCCCCGCCUCCUCCUCCCCACCCUCAGGGCAUGACUUUCAAGAAAGAGCCGGCAGGAGGGUUUCCUCUCACUGCCACCUCCUCGUCGUCCCAGAGGAGCUCAUGGGGUUUCUUCCAUUCCCUGGUGAACAUCAAGCAGGAGAAGCCCAGCGAUCAAGAGGAUGAAGAGCAGCAGCAGCACCAUCACCACCACCAUCACCAUUAUGGGGGUCUCUUUGGCAUAGCUGGGGAGGAGAGGCACCCCACUCUUGGUGGAGGAGGAGGAGGAGGAGGAGUGGAAGGGGGCAACCAGAGUGUGAUCCAGGACCUCAGUCUUUUUCACCACCUGCAUCAUCAUCCCCAUAGAGGAGAUUUGCUAUUGGGCAUCAGAAGCAGUGGUGAAGUAAGUGCUGCUGGCUCAGAUGAGCCUAAACAAGAUGCCCAGGCCAGGAAGGUGAAGAGGCCAAAGUCAGAAUCUCAGGGAAACAAAGCCAAGAAGAAGCCGAGCACUUCAACCAAGGCUCUUGUGGCAGGAGACGGAGAAGCUGCCAUGCUAUCCCCUAGCCAGAAACCUCAUGUCUGUGAACACUGUAGUGCUGCCUUCAGGAGCUCCUAUCAUCUGCGCAGGCAUGUGCUCAUCCAUACUGGUGAGAGGCCUUUCCAGUGUAGUCAGUGCAACAUGGGUUUCAUUCAGAAGUAUUUGCUUCAGAGGCAUGAAAAGAUCCACAGCAGGGAGAAGCCAUUUGGGUGUGACCAAUGCAGUAUGAAGUUCAUCCAGAAGUAUCACAUGGAGAGGCACAAGAGAACGCACAGCGGAGAAAAGCCAUACAAAUGUGAAACCUGUCAGCAGUAUUUUUCAAGAACUGAUAGACUUUUGAAGCACAGACGUACGUGUGGAGAAGCCAUAGGGAAAGCAGGUGCUGGAAUGGAUCCUGGGCCAUCAAAUCAUAGCAUGGGCAACUUGUCUAUGUUGUCUCAGGGAAAUACAGGUUCAUCAAAGAGAAAAAGCAAAGCAAAAUGUAUACCCACUGAAAACAAAGAACAUAAGCCUAGUCAUAAAAUACCUGAAUCUCAAAUUGCAUCUAAUAUGUCCUUGCAGAAUUAUGCGGUAGAGAUUCCUAUAGUGUCUUCCAGUGGUGGCUUGAUUGGCACUGGGUUAGAAGAGCUACAGAAAAAGGUGCCAAAACUAAUCUUUAAAAAAGGAAACCGGAAAAGUGCAGAUAAGAGCUUUCUUAAUUUUAUGUCACCAUUACCAGACCUCCUUGGUCAGAAGCAAUUUUCUGGAAAACCGAGUAGCUCUCUUGGCAUAGUCGCAAAUUCCAGUGUAGAUGCUAUUGGCCUUCUCCAAGCAGCAAGUGGCAAAUCAGGUCAAAUAAGUAGCAAUUAUGAUGAUGCCAUGCAGUUUUCAAAGAAAAGAAGAUAUUUGCAAACCGCCAGCAGUAACAGUGCCUUUUCUAUAAAUGUUGGGCAUAUGGCCUCCCAACCGUCUGUUAUUCAGUCUGCAGGGGUAAGUGUUAUGGACAGUGAGACCCCUUUAUCUCUUAUUGACCCAACAUCUCUUAAUGCUGACAUCAAAUCCUGUCAUGAUAAGUCUGGCAUUCCUGAUGAAGUCUUACAAAGUCUUUUAGAGCAGUACUCUCACAAGUCAGAAGGCCAGAAAGAAGAUCCCUUCAGCAUCACUGAACAGCGUGUGGACUUACAAGCUUCAGGAGAACAUACAGAGAUGGUUCAAGAGGAGAACCUGAGUCCUAGUUCCCAGGCAGCUUCAAAUGACAAAGCAAGCAUGUUGCAAGAAUACUCAAAAUACCUCCAACAUGCUUUUGAAAGAACAACCAAUAGCACUGGUUUUGCUUUUGGUCCCAGUUUCCAAUUUGUAAGUUUGUCUUCAAGCCUUCAUAACCAUACUUUGUUUCAAGACAAACAAGUGUACACUACGUCCCCACUUGAGUGUGGUUUCAGCCAAUCUGUUACCUCAGUGUUGCCAUCUGCAUUGUCAAAGCCUCCUUUUGGGAUGUUGCUUGGAUCUCAGCCGGGUUUUUAUUUGUCUGCUUUGGAGGCAACCCAUCAACAGUUGACUCCUUCCCAAGAACUAGAUGACCUGAUAGACUCUCAAAAAAGCAUAGACACUUCAUCAGGCUAUCAAUCUACACCUCAAAAAUUGAAUAGCCAGAAAGAACAAAAAACCCUAGAAUCUUCAACGAGCUUUCCAAUUCCAUCUCAGGAGCUAGCUAACCAGAUAGAUCCUCAGAAGGACCUAGAACAUCGAGCAACAUAUCAGAUAGAGACCUUUGCACAAGCAUUUGGUUCUCAGUUUAAGACGGGCAGCAGGGUGCCAAUGACUUUUAUUGCUAACUCUAAUGGAGAAGUGGACCAUAGAGUAAGGACUUCAGUAUCAGAUUUCUCAGGGUAUUCAAAUAUAAUGUCUGAUGUUAGUGAGCCAUGUAGUACAAGAGUAAAGACCCCAACUAGCCAAAGUUAUAGGUAGAAUCUCAAGUAUGACUAGGCUUAGGGGUGGUCUUAAUGUAUUAGUUUUAUUUUGAUAACACUGCCAUUGGAAUGUUUCUACAUGAUCCUAAUACAAAUAAUGUAACACGCCCUUUCAAUGCAACUUUUCAUAUUUAGUUUUUGUUAAUAUAAUUUUAGAUUGGUUUGUAUUAUGAUUUUUAAUCAGAUCAAUAGACAUUAUAGUUUGCAUUUUUUGUGUUUAGCAAUCAAACUUACUUAACUUAGAUUGUCAGGGAAUAGCCCAAAAAUUGCAACUGCAAAAAAGAAAAAAAAAAUUAAAAACCAAGACAAAAAAAAAUCACUUUUGUUUUAGGAUUAAGGUUUAUGUUAAUUGCUUUACUCUCAGGAAAAUGUAAUGAAGCAAGGAGAUUCUGUACACUGUUGGUGUAUUGGAGUUUUGAAUUUACAAAUAAGUGGUAACUCUAUUCUGCCAUUUAACAAAGGGUUUUAAGACAUUGCAAAUUGCUGUCUUGUAUCUGGGUGAUAUAAAAUUCUGAGAAUUUAGCUGCCUAAAGCUUGUUUUAUAGUUUUUAACAUACUACUUUAUUUCUUUUUCCAGAGGAUAAUACCCAUUCCAUACUUUUAGGGUAGCUACUCUCAGAUUCUUGGUAUGUUUUCUGGAAUGAUAGCUUUAAGAAAAAUAAUGUCCACCCCUAUUCCUCCCUGCCCCUAGGAGAUUAUAAUUCUGUAAAGAGAUAUUAAUGAUAUAAUCCAUAAGAGGAUUUUUGAAUUAGUAAUUUGAUGUCAUUGUAGCCCCAAAUUCAAAUUACAGUAAUAAUUUAUAUACACUUUGGAAUGCAUUAUUUAUUAUAUAUUUUUAAAAUUCCCUUUGAUUGGCCUCCAACCUUUUCUUUCCCUUUGCUCAAUUUUUUAAUUUUUACUAUCUUAGGCUGUCUUCUUUUAUCAUCUGUUUUCUGUACCAAGUUUGUUUGCCAUGAUUUGUGAUCUUUUUCUUGUCCCUUAGCUUAACAGCUGGAAUUUUAGAAGAUAUACAUUCCAGAAGAUUGCAUAACUUAUUAUGUAUUUUCAGAUGUCUCGUGACAUCAGGAGUUAAACAAUUGAAUGCCCCUUUAUUUUAGAAGGCUAUAAAGUUUUCUAUAUAAGAUACAGUAAGGAACAAUUAGUUGUACAUAGAAAGGUCUCCCAGUAUGCAUUGGGAUUUGCAUCCACAAGCUGUCUUGAGUAUUUUGGGGUGGGGUGGGGUUCAGAUUACGUAUGGGUUUAAGGAUGUGUAGAAGACACUUUGCAGGCUUGGGUCAUGAGACUUCACUUGGAUUCAGAGAUUGGCCUAAACAUAUGAACCAUGUGACAGGUACCUAUGUGGUUUAUUGUAGCCAGAAUCUUCCUAAGGAAUUGUUGCUCAAAUUAAUGUAUAUUUUGUGGUACAUUAUUUAUGAUAUGUGAAUCUUGAUUAAAGCCUGUGGAGCCACAAAAACCUGCUAGAGAACUUAGUGGCUAUUUUAAAACUGCUAAAAAGCAGUUGCACUGUCCAGAACCACUUUUUUUUUUUUGCAGAUUUUUUAAAAAUUAGUUUUUAAAUGUAAUUUUGGUGAUGUUUUUGCAGAUUUUUUAAAUGUACUUUUGGUGAUACUUCUGUCUUAUGUACUUUCUGAAGGCAGAAAAGUACCAGUGGUUGUUUGCAGUCUUAUUGUGUAAUUGGCCUGUUUCAGGCGUUCAUGUAUAAUAAAGUGAUUAACAUUGUGCAAGUGUAAAACACUUCAGUUAUGAAGAUGUAUUACAAGAACUAUGAAAUUCUUAAAUUGUUACAGAAUGCUAAACAUACCCAUUUUCCCUCUUCUUCCUGCCUACCAAAUCAACUUGAACUUGAGACAUCACCUUAUUACUAAUGCAUAAUUAAUUAAAUCCCAUUUAAGUAUAUAUAUAUUUGAUAAUGUAUUUCCCGUCCUUCAAAUUAGUGCUGUUAAUUUCCCCUGCCAUCUAGUUAUAGAGCACAACUUAUCAUCAAGGGAUGGAGUAUAUCUUAACCACUGUGUAGUUCUGCUAUGGGUUUUUCUUUGUCUUUUGGGGUAUUUUGUUCCACUGCAGUUAUUUCUUUUCUUUAUAUUGUGUAUACUGGAUAGUGUGGAUAGGGAUUGUUUGCUUUAGACUGUGACCAAUUAAAAUGCUGUUCACACAACUAAGGAAAGAAGAUGCUGUUGUAUUAUCUAUCCAGUUACACCUCUGGCUUUGUCAAGACAAUUCCAUAAAAUGCUUGAAACUAAACGCUGGAACAAUAGAAGAGUAACUUGCUUGCUUUUAAAAGGUAUUUUUAUUGUAAAAUUUCUUUAGGUGAACAAUAA